AUGUCCUCUCCAAAGUCACGACAGUCCAACUCGCCGACCUCACGGUCCCCGCCAAGCCAUCAGUCGCCUGCCGCGGUCCCCACGAUCGUUUUAGGGCUUACCCUUGCUCACCACGGUGUUACCGGUCAAAGGACUAGAGUCACUGAUACCGAGUCUCUGAGGUCUUCCAUUCUUGAAUACAAGUGGGAGAAUGGGCGACGGUAUCACUCUUAUCAGGACGGGUCUUACUGGGCUCCGAAUGAUGAUCGGCAACAGGAAGCUGAAGACCUCAUGCACGAGGUUUACAGAAUCAUCUUGAACAACGAGCUCUAUGAGGCUCCCAUUGGCGAUAAUCCGCAAAGAGUCUUGGACUUGGGUUGCGGCACUGGAAUUUGGGCCAUUGAAUUUGCCGACUUGCACCCAUCUGCAGACGUUCUUGGUGUUGAUCUUUCGCCUAUCCAACCCAACUUUGUGCCACCAAAUUGCAGGUUUGAGGUCGAUGAUAUCAAUCAAGAGUGGACUCACCCGGAUAACCACUUUGAUUUUGUCCAUAUCCGCGCCAUGAUGGGCUGCAUCCCCGACUGGACCGAACUAUACGAAAAGGCCUUCAAACAUACUCAGCCUGGCGGCUGGAUAGAGAGUGUUGAGCUUUGGGGUGCCGCCAAAUGCGAUGAUGAUACCUUGAAGCCCGAUUCGCCUCUAUACACGUGGAUAGACGUAUUUAAAAGGAUAGGAAGUCUAACUGGCAAGCCUUUCUUCUGGGAUGACAAGAUGGCCGACUCUAUCAGAAAAGCUGGCUUCAUUAAUCUCACGGGCAGGGUGAUCAAGGUUCCUAUUGGAACCUGGCCUAAAGACAAAACGCUCAAGCAGUGGGGUGCCUGGAACCGCCAGUUUCUGUUACAGGGCCUUGAGGGGUUUUCUAUUCGAGGUCUUACGGAGAUGCUAGAGUGGAAGUACGAGGAUGCACAGCUGUUUCUGGCAAACAUGCGCAAGGAACUAACUAACCCAGCGGUCCAUGCCUAUCUCAAUGUAACCGUCUUCCAUGGCCAAAAGCCAGAAUCUGAGCAGGCGGGGACUUGA